AUGCUGCAUGCCAGCAUGUUGCCCAUGCUGCUUAGCGUUCUGAUGACCACCAGUGCUGUGCAGCGCCGGAUGCUGUACAACCGCACCGAGCUCUCCAUAAUGAUUCCGGAGGGGAGGCCAAUGACAAGCCUGCCUUUGGUGGCACUCCAGGCUCACACGCACUUCCCCGAGCUGCAGGUGCAGAUCCUCUACGCCCGGGCGAACGAGGAGUUCGUGUACACUGAGACGACUCUCCUGAAACUGCGAAACGAAGGGGCCCUGGUCCUCACACCGAUGCCCGAACGCGGUUUCGUACAUCUUCUUACUCAAGCGCGUGUGUUGGAGAGUUCUGAGGUCUCGGCGAGAGCGGCGGGAGUUUUGAUUUAUAGAUCGCGGUCUCUCAGUCUCUGA